AUGGACACGACGCCCUCCCCUCCGCCCGAGCGGGCUUCCUCGCCGGAGCCCUGGGUCUCUCCGUCGCUCGCCUUGAACGCCGUGCCGCAGCUCGACCGAUCCGUCUCAACGGCUUCAUCGGUGUCGUCGGUCUCUGGCCGCUCCGCGAGCUCUCGGCUCUCGGAUAGUGGUAUACCUGGCAGGAGGAGAGGAUACAUGCGGCCGGAAGGGACUCAGUUCUCCCAAUCUGCGAAGAACAGGGACAGCGUAAUGAACCUCGGGACUAUCGCCCAUCUACAAUACUACUUCGCCCGGACCGGCCUCCUCGACUCGGCCACAGGUCGCGUUGCGAAGUCCCGAAAGGGGUCCCGGACGGCCAGCGGCUCCGAGCGACUACUCUCUGAAGUAGAAGGCGACAUGUCCAUGCUGUCCAUAUCGAGCUCAGACGGAGCCGUAGACCAGCUGGGAGAGGGGCUUGUUGAGUCACCUGUGGAUGAGACAGGCUCCAUGAACUGGGAGGAGAACGAGCCGAUGAUGCUCCCGCCUACUGUCAGCACGUACAAGAACACUCCCGUAUACGUCCCUCCGCCACCCGAUAUGGCCAUCCUCCGCCGCGAACUGCGCGAAUCACUUGAGGAAGCUACGAAGCACUUGCGAGAGCUCGAGAAGAGCUUUACCCAUUCUACGGCCGGAGAGCAUACCAGCGACAUCAUGGAUGGUACAGUAAGCGUUGACGCAAUCCGACAGUCGGCCGACGCGCCAGGCUGGCACCAGAUUCAAGGCUUGAACCUGCUGGACGUGGCCACGUUAGCCAUCAGGGCUGCCAAGAACUACUACACGGCACACGAAGAACCCCAGCGCCUCUACGCCAUCAAAUCGGAACGCGAGAUAAGAAAAGAGCUCUUCGAUGUGCUUGAGGUGCUCAAGCGGCUCGCGAUACGCAACUUUGCAAACGGGGUGCAGCCGUCCGAGACAGCGAGCAUCAAAAGCUGGGUUGAGGGCAUUGGCAAGCUCCUGGACACGGAGGAAGAGAAGGAGCGGUUAGAGCAGGAGGAGAGAGAAAGCUGGUCGUGGCGAGAGGGCGACUGGACCGGCAAAGAGAGGGAGAGGGAGCUGCUGUUUCUGAAGUCGUUCGACGGCAGCGCUGAAGCUUUGCCCGAGUGGACGGACCCGGAGAAGGCGGAGCUUCCAACACCGUUUUUAAAAGCGCUGCAGAACGGGCUGCGGUUAGUCUGCCUCCACAACGCGCUGGUCAAGAAGUCGCGGCGCCAGUUCGAAGAGAUCAAGCAAUACCACACCGAUACGGCGAAGCCGUACAGAUGCGCUGAGAAUCUGCGGUUCUGGGCCAAGGCUGCCGAGCUACGGUGGGAUAUCAAGCUGGACGUCGACGUCAUGGGCGUUGUCCACGGCACGGAUGCUGCCGCGUGGAGGAAAUUCGACGCGGCCCUGUUGAAGUGGUGCCAGGGCGUGCGAGAGGAGAUCAUCAAGGAGUGGAGAGAAGCAAAGAAUAUUUCCAAGACGCCGACGCUUCAGAUUGACCCCAACUACGAAGCUUCGUAA